AUGGCGCUGCAGUGGCCCAUCCUCUUUGCCCUCUUCGUGAUGAAGUUCAUGGGCGUGGAUGCCACCGGCAAGGACGACGAGUACCCUGGUCACCAGUGGGAACAUCGUUGGGGAGAAAAUGAACCAGCCGAUGCAGAUAUCACCCCGAAUGUUCACACUCCCGCCGUUGUUAUGCAUAUGGCGUCAGCAUGGGAUGAGGGUGAUGUCAUGGAUACGCAAGCCUCUUCCUCCUCCGGUCCACCUCCAAGCCUGCCUCUGACUCAGAUUGGGGGACAAUGGAGAUCAGCGUGGGACGACGAGACUGCCUUGGACCAGGGUGACACUUUGAAUCCACCACCUAUGGGAGUUCCGUCGGACUCCUCAUCGGCGUUACCCAACCCAGGGACAACACUGGACUUCAACCAGGGGGAGUUUGCGAGUAC